AUGAGUUCUCAGGCAUUUACUUUUAGGGCUGGAGUGUGUGAGUAUAACGAAGAAUCGCGCCUGUGUACGCCGAUAGCAUGUCAAGGUGAAAUCGAAAUCAAGCCACAUGAAGAGGAAGAACUGGGAUUUUGGGAACUUGAAUGGCGUCCUAUAGAGAAACCCGUGGCUAAAGACUUGAGUGUCAUAUCAUUAAUUCUGAUUCCCGGAGAAACGGUAUGGGCCCCUAUAAAGUCAAGUAAGAACGGUAGAGUAUUUGCCCUGGUGUUCUCUUCAAAUCAGAGAUAUCUGUUCUGGUUGCAGGAAAAAAAUGGUAGAAGUCUUGCAUUGAAUGAAUUGAGUGAGAAGGACGAGAAGAUUUUCGAUAAGAUGGCCAAGAUACUGAACAGAAAUGAGGACGAGGAUGCUGAUGGGGAUGCAAACGCGGUUGAGGAAGCGGACAAUGACGUAGAGAUGAAAGACAGCUAA